GGAACACUUGGGGAUCCUAAGUCCUGCAGGGUAGGGGGGAUGAAAGAGAGAGAAGGAACCACACAUGGGGCUCCCUGGAGGGCAGGAGUUUGAAUGAAUGUGGGCAGCAGAGGAAAAACUUCACCUGCUCUGCAGGUUCCCUUGGGUGUUAACAAAGUUUAGCCUCUGGAGGCAACACCAGGAUCUCUCAACUCAACUCGACUUAACAGAUGCUUACUUAGAAUCAGACUCAGGGAAGAACUUCCCGACAUGGGGAGUUGUAAAAAGCCUGGAAAGGAUGCUCAGGGGACUUGGGGGUCUCUGUGGAUGGCUUUGAAACCAAUGAGGCUAAAUAAAUAAGGUCGUGCCUCACAUCAGGGGUGGAUGGGUGGAUGAGAUGCUAGAAUUUUCUUUCCUUCUGAUGCUUCUCUACUGUGUCCGCUUAGGACCUCGUCCACUCAGGUCUCUGUCCCUAGCGCCUGGCAUGUUCUUGGCCCCGAUAAAGCAUGAGGUGGUGGAAAGAUCAUGAGCAAAGGCGAGAGUGAACAGCUGGAUUAUAGGUGCAAAUGUCUGACACAGUGUUGCUCCCUAACUUCAGUGGCCAGCCGUGGUCUCCUUCCACGGACUCUCUCGGAGCUUCCUCCUCCCCUGGGCUCCUCUCAACACAGCAGGUGGUUCGAGCACAACCACGGCACUGCCACCUUCUGAUGUCCAGGGGCAGCCGCACCUGUCCUCUGAAGCCAUGGGCCCCUCCCGUCCUGCGCUCCUGUCCUUGAGGAGGCUCGGCCUGUGCUGGCUCCUGCUGACUCCGACAGGUGGAGAGAAAACCCAGCGCCCACAUCCCCCGGCACCCGGAGACACUCCUUCCUCUCCGGGUCCCCUGGUGCUGGCGCAGCGAGGCUCCCACACCCAGGCCGAGGACCACCUCUUCAAGCACCUCUUUGGGGGCUACAACCGCUGGGCGCGCCCGGUGCCCAACACCUUGGACGUGGUGAUCGUGCGCUUCGGGUUGUCCAUCGCCCAGCUCAUCGAUGUGGAUGAGAAGAACCAGAUGAUGACCACCAACGUCUGGCUAAAGCAGGAGUGGAACGACUACAAGCUGCGUUGGAACCCGGCCGAUUUCGGCAACAUCACAUCCCUCCGGGUCCCAUCAGAGAUGAUCUGGACGCCCGACAUUGUCCUCUACAACAAUGCAGAUGGGGAGUUUGCGGUGACCCACAGGACCAAGGCCCACCUCUUCUCCACGGGGACCGUGCACUGGGUGCCCCCGGCCAUCUACAAGAGCUCCUGCAGCAUCGACGUCACCUUCUUCCCCUUCGACCAGCAGAACUGCAAGAUGAAGUUCGGCUCCUGGACCUACGACAAGGCCAACAUCGACCUGGAGCAGAUGGAGCAGUCGGUGGACCUGAGGGACUACUGGGAGAGCGGGGAGUGGGCCAUCGUCAACGCCACGGGCACCUACAACUCCAAGAAGUACGACUGCUGCGCCGAGAUCUACCCCGACGUCACCUACACCUUCGUCAUCCGGCGGCUGCCGCUGUUCUACACGGUGAACCUCAUCAUCCCCUGCCUGCUCAUCUCCUGCCUCACCGUGCUGGUCUUCUACCUGCCGUCCGACUGCGGCGAGAAGGUCACGCUGUGCAUCUCCGUGCUGCUGUCGCUCACCGUCUUCCUGCUGCUCAUCACCGAGAUCAUCCCGUCCACCUCGCUGGUCAUCCCGCUCAUCGGCGAGUACCUGCUCUUCACCAUGAUCUUCGUCACCCUGUCCAUCGUCAUCACCGUCUUCGUGCUCAACGUGCACCACCGCUCGCCCAGCACCCACUCCAUGCCCCGCUGGGUGCGGGGGGCCCUGCUGGGCUGCGUGCCCCGCUGGCUCCUGAUGAAUCGGCCCCCGCCGCCCUUGGAGCUCCGAGACCCCCCGGGCCUGAGGCUCGGCCCCUCUUACCGCUGGCUGGAGACCAACGUGGACACCGGGGACAGGGAGGCGCUGGCGGUGGAGGAGGACAGAUGGGCACAGGCCGGUUACUCUGCGUCCCCCACGGGGGCCCUCCACAGCCACGGUGGCCUGCACCCGGGGGCCUCGGGUCCCAAGGCUGAGGCUCCCUUGCAGGAGAGCGAGAUCCUGCUGUCACCUCGCAUGCAGAAGGCACUUGAAGGCGUGCACUACAUUGCCGACCACCUGCGGUCUGAGGACGCUGACUCUUCGGUGAAGGAGGACUGGAAGUACGUGGCCAUGGUCAUCGACAGGAUUUUCCUCUGGCUGUUCAUCGUCGUCUGCUUCCUGGGUACCGUCGGGCUCUUCCUCCCUCCGUUCCUGGCGGGAAUGAUCUGACCCUCCCUCCCCUCCGUUGCUCCCAGGUGGCCCCUCUGGCCACCUUUUGACCACCCUUAACUGCAGCUGCCUCUAGAGUAGUGUCCGGGGUGGAUGCCGUCUGCCUGCAGGUGCCUCUGUUUGGAGUCCCUACACCGCCUGGUCACCGGGGACUUCUCAGAACACUCCACCUGAUGUCACUGCACAGAGUGCCCAGACGCUGCUGUGUGCAGAGGCCUGUUCUGGGUGCCGGGGAGCUGGGAGAGGGAGGAGUUUGCAGAAGGUUAGGAUACAGUGACAACAUGGGGCAGAACCAGAUUGUCCUGGAAGAGCUGCCGAGGGGCGGGGCCGGGCUGGAGAGGAAGGGGACUCGGACCUCACAGGAGGGACUUGUGGGGAAGCAGGGAGGGUGCCUGGGGUGGAAGGGCUCUGAACGGCAUUUUGGGUUCAGGAAUGAGCCCCAGUGCCGGGGACAGCAGCUGGGUGGGGGGGCUCCGUUGCAGGGAGCAGUGGGAAGAAGCUGGAGAGGCGGGUUGGGGUCUCUCUAAGCCAGGCUGAGCCCUGCAGGGUUCUGAGCUGUCGGGAGCAGCAGGUGAAUGACAGGCUCUUCUGGAAAGGCAGGGCCUGCAUGUAGGCGGAGGCAGAGGCCAGAUGCUCCUGGAGGAGGGAUGGGUGGACGGGUGCAGGUGGCUGGGCUGUUCUGCUCACCUGGAAGCGCCUUGGGCACCCCCAACCUCCCCUAACUGGCCUCUCCUGAUGUCUGCCCUCCCUUUCCUUGCCGCAGAAGGGCUGAGCACUGGCCGGGCCCCCAGGAGGUUUGGGGGAGCUGAGUGCCACUGCCUGCAGAUCACUGUCCUUGAGCAUGCAGUGGACAAACUAGAAACACCAUCCUGAGCCGCUCCUGACUCAGCUCGAACAGGCGGCAUGUCCAGCCUGCUCAGACCGCCUGGUCCCUGGUACCUGCCCCACCAGCACGCCUCAUGUGGGAGUUUGAGAUCUUUGCUUCGGUCCCUUUGACUCUGAACUCCUCCAGGGCAGGGCCCCUGCCUUGUGUUUGUCCUGGCGUCCAGCACUCAGGACGUUUGUUCUGAGUGGAUGAAGGGAGUGAGCCGGGUCACUUUGGACCCUGAGACCACUGAGUAGAUGGCAAAGCUGCAGGACUGCACCCUUCCCAGCCUGUCUCCCCCCAUCCUGUCCUCUUUUCUCUCCCAAGAUGCUCCACGCGGGGGCCACUCUGGCCUCUGGCUCCUGCCGGCUCCAGUGCACGCAGCCCUGGUCCUCCCCUCCCCUCGCCUCUGGGCUUCCUGGCCCAGGCUCCCAGACCUGCCCUCCUCGUGCCAUGACUUGCACACGUGACAUUCAUGCCCCUGCCUGUCGUGCAUGUGAGUAAAGAGAUGAAAUGAA